UUGAUUAUGCUACGAAAUAUAAUUUUAUUGAACAGCCCGAAGUAUCAUUUGUCAAUAGGACCAGUAGAAGUUCAUCAUGUCGAAUAACAAAGUGGAGCCGAAAAAAAAAGCUCCUGAGGAAAAUGAGGAAAAUGUGGUUAAACCCAGAACAAAUAUUAGUGACUUGAUCAAUACAAUUCAACUUGCUCUUAUAUUUGAGCAUUGUUUUGGGAUCUACAGAUUUCAUACCGUGGAUAAUGGAUUGCAACCUACUAACGGGAAGAUGAAGCUUGUUGGAAUCUUAAUUACCUCUGCUCAUAUUGUAAUUUUUUAUUGCUUUCUAAAGUUACCAAGCGCAAUUACCGGAACAGGAAAUUUAGUGGAUACGAUGGAUGAGGUGCCGUCAAUAGUGAUCCUGCUCCAGUAUGUCACGUCAGCUAUAAUGACAUCAUUCCUGCUCAGUGGAGCUAACAUAAACAUAUUCACAACCUUCGCAAAUCUUGAUUCAAUGUUACACAUAAACACGAACCAAGAUUUUUACAAAGCAUCUCGCAGUCGGACCUUUAAGUACAUUAUUGUUCUCGCUGUCUACCACAUCUUCGUGAGUAUUAGUGACUUAAUGACCAGUGAUGAGAUAUCGUUGAGUAAAAUUAUGGUACUCCCUAUUUUCUUUGAAGAAAACCUCGAAAUAUUAAUAUUCUGUUUAAUCAUUUCAAUGUUGCGAUCGAGACUUAUUGUUAUCAAUAAAUAUUUGAUCAACUUCAUGAAUGAUAAAGAAAAUAGCAAGAAUUCCGUGUUUGUAGUCGGCGAAAGGAAACCGACGCCUAAGGAGAAUUUCAAUUUGAUCGGACGUAUGUCAUCCAAGAACAUGAAAAUCAGAGACUUGGCUGUAACUUAUGAUAUUAUUGGCGAAACUUGUUGCCUGAUCAAUCAAGUUUUCAAUUUUCAAAUCUUUAUGACCCUUGUCUCGACAUUCACUUACAUAAUCAUCACAAUCUGGACUUCACUAUUCUACUACCGUACACCUAAAGCAACCUUUAGUUCAUUAAUAACCAUCAUCAUUUGGUGCAUUACAGCAAUAUUUAAAGUUGCCUUUAUGUCCCUGGCUUGUGAAAGAUUACUUCUGACUAGAAAUGACAGCAAAAUUCUGGUGAAUAAAGUAAUCAUGGAUUACGACCUUCCUAAACCUAUGAGAAUGCAAGCAAAAGCAUUUAUGGAUCUGAUAGAAGCGUGGCCACUACGUAUUUUUAUAUACGAUAUGUUUUCUGUUGAUAUUACUUUGAUGCUUAAGUACAUUAGUGUGGCUACUACAUAUUUGAUUGUAAUUAUUCAAGUCUCUCAUUUUGUUUAAGCUUAAAGGAGUUUGUGUUUUUAGUGUCAUGUAGUGUAAGUUUAUGUUUCACAAAUUUAAUCAAUUAAUAUAUGUUUAUAUUGUAAUUGUAAACAAAAUAAAAAUAAUUUCUUCUGUUGUGUAGUGAUUUUAUUUUUUUAUUUAUUUAUAGUAUACAAAGUUCACAAGAUAAGUUUUACAAUACAGUAAUACUUUCAAUUGUAGGUAGAUGAGUAGUCUUAAUAAAAAUUUACAGUAAUAUAAAAAUAUGACAGUAU